UUCUGUGUACUGUGGGAGACCAGAUAUAGUGAAUGCAGGGUCCGGGGAGACCAGAUAUAGUGAAUGCAGGGUCCGGGGAGACCGGAUAUAGUGAAUGCAGGGUCCUGGGAGACCAGAUAUAGUGAAUGCAGGGUCCGGGGGAGACCGGAUAUAGUGAAUGCAGGGUCCUGGGAGACCAGAUAUCGUGAAUGCAGGGUCCGGGGAGACCGGAUAUAUGAAUGCAGGGUGACCAGAAUGCAGGGUCCGUGGGAUUCCAUAUAUAGUGAAUGCAGGGUCCGGGGAGACCAGAUAUAGUGAAUGCAGGGUCCGGGGGUGACCAGAAGUGAAUGCCGGGUCCGGGGAGACCAGAUAUAGUGAAUGCAGGGUCCGGGGAGACCAUAUAUAGUGAAUGCAGGGUCCGGGGAGACCAUAUAUAGUGAAUGCAGGGUCCGGGUGAGACCAGAUAUAGGGAAUGCAGGAUCCGGGGGGAAUAGGAUCCGGGGAUACCAUAUAUAGUGAAUGCAGGGUCCGGGG